UACAACCAUUGGGAGAAGAUGAAUUUUCUAAGUCUUCUUGUGAUUGUAUUAUUGGGAAGUAGCAUCAAGGCCUAUAGUGAAAUUUGUCAAGUUUCUUUGAAAGAAAUCAGUAAUAUCAAUAACCAAGGACCAUAUAUUGGUAUAGUUGUGCCAAAUGCCUUUGAGUUGAAGCCUCUUCUUCAAUCAUCCAGCUUUGUGCCUCAUAACAAGUUUCCUUACUUUGACUUUGCUGGUAACUUUUACGAUAAUAUGUUGCUCAAUAUAUAUGAAUUUUGAUAGAACAUUAUUCAUCGGUUUGAUUUUCUUGACACCCGAAAACAUUUUCGCAUCGGUGAAUUGGAAAAGAAGAAGGUUAUUGUUGUUAUGAGUGGAGAGAGUAUGCUAAAUGCAGCUCUUGCCACCCAAUUGUUGCUUACUUUGUUUAAUGUAGAAGGAGUUCUUCAUUAUGGAAUUGCAGGUAAUGCAAAUUCUAAAUUCCAAAUCGGAGAUGUGACCAUUCCACAAUAUUGGGCUCACACAGGACUUUGGCAUUGGCAGAGGUUUGGUGAAGACGAUGGAGACUUCAGCCGAGAAUUUGGCUACCUAGAGUUUUCCAACUACAAUAACAAUACAAAACAUUUCAAAUCAGUGGAAAAUCUGUUGAACAAGGUUUGGUAUCAACCAGAGCAAAUUUAUCCAAAAACUCUUGAAGUAAAGCAGCAUACUUUUUGGGUUCCAGUUGACAAAAAUUACUUUGAAAUUGCAAGAAAGCUCAAGAAUGUUGAAUUGAAUAGUUGUGUUAACAAAACUUGCUUGCCAAGAAAAGCUAUUGUGGUGAGAGUAAAGAAAGGGGUAAGUGCCAAUGUGAUUGUUGAUAACAAGGCUUAUAGAAAUCAUUUGAACUCCAAAUUUGAUGCUACUCCAACUGACAUGGAAAGUGCUGCUGUUGCUUUAGUUUGUUACCAACACAAAAUACCUUUCAUUGCCAUUAGAGCAUUAUCUGAUUUAGCUGGAGGAGGUUCUGCAUUGACUAAUGAAGUGUCUAUCUUUUUAUCAUUAGCCUCUCAAAAUUCAUUUGAUGUUCUUGUCAAAUUCAUCUCUUUGUUAUAAUUUAGUAACUUUAAAGGAUUUCUUGAAGUGUAAGCAAGGGACAUUUUUAGAGGGAGAAAGAAAUCAUGUGUUUCAAAUUCUCUCUUAUGUUAUGUACUCAAAAAUAAAAGCAUAAUGAAAUCUACUUAUUUUUUUGCAAAAGAAAAUCCACUUUCAUUUCAUUACUCCUCUUAAUCUCUUCAGAUGCAACUAUGAGAAUCAAGUCUCAAGACUAAGCUGGAUUAAGGAUAAGUCUUGAUGGUGCUUUUUUUAUAAGAGAAGCCAAUUUUUUGACACUUGAUUACAAGGUCAAGUAAGAAGUGAAGGAGAUAAGAUGGAAGCUUUCAAGGAUGAAGUGCAGUGUUUUAUGACAGAAAUCACCAAUGAGUUGGCUAAAAGGAGAUUCCAUCUCGAAAUUCUUUCAUGAAUGCAAUAGUAAGAGAAUGAAGGUCAAUGGAAUUCUCUAUUUGAAAAUGAAUGGCAAAAUUUGAGGGUCAUACUGAGUUUUGGUUCAGUAUAUGUACAUGGUGCUGCAAACGAAUCUC